AUGCGAGGUUAUUACGUGCCCAACCCACCCGCAGCCCCCAAUGUGGCUGACAACUUGCUGGCUAGCUCAGACGCUGCCCUCUCAGCCUCCAUGGCCAGCCUCUUGGAGGACCUCAGCCACAUCGAGGGCCUAAGCCAGGCUCCCCAACCCCUGGCGGACGAGGGGCCACCAGGCCGCCCCAUUGGGGGAGCCCCACCCAGCCUGGGUGCCUUGGACCUGCUGGGCCCUGCCACUGGCUGUCUAUUGGACGAUGGGCUUGAGGGCCUGUUUGAGGACAUUGACACCUCCAUGUAUGACAGUGAACUUUGGGCUCCAGCCUCUGAGGGCCUCAAACCUGGCCCUGAGGAUGGGCCAGGCAAGGAAGAAGCUCCAGAGCUGGACGAAGCCGAGCUGGACUACCUCAUGGAUGUUCUGGUGGGCACACAGGCAUUGGAGCGGUCGCCGGGGCCUGGGCGCUGACCUCUAGGGCGGAGAUGGUUGUCUAGUGUCUGAACUGAGCCUGGUGACUGGACAACUCUCCUUGGAAAGACACAUCUGGCUUCCCUAGUACAGAGAGUGGCUUGGGCCACUUUGGAGAGAUAGAAUCCAGUCCUGGGCAACUUCACAUCCGUCCUGUUGUCUUGAGGCUGGUGGGGGAGUCUGGGAUUAGACCCUAGCGAUGGAAUGACAGGGUCUGAUGACUGGAACAUGAUUGAGCCAGGCCCCCUGCUGGACUGAAUCUGCUGGAGCCAUAGCCUGGGCAUUUCUUCCCUGAUAGGGGAAGAGACCCCAACCAGUUUUUUCAAAUUAAAACCAAUCCUGGGAAAUCUCAA